AGCAAAGAUGACGUCGACAUCUAUAAGAAAGACUGUAGUCCUUUGAAUCCACUUCGCUGUGCAAUGGGAGACCUGAGUGGUCGACACGGCUUUCUAUCGGUUGGCAGUGAACGCACUCUCAUAUCCGACCCAAAUUUGCCGCUCUCUGGCAACUAUUCAGUUAUGGGCCGAUCGCUCAUUAUAUUCAAAAGCAAUGGAGAUGUCAUACCUUUGGGUUGCGCUAACAUUAAGCCUGACGUACAUCUCGUGAGUAAUGUUGCCGUUAGAAAAAAUCCGGCCUUCACUGUCGCCAAAUUCAUGUCUCAUAUGAGAGGUCUUCUCAGCACAACUGAUUGGUUAGUUGUACCUGAUAUUCACUACACCAAAGACAUUGCCAAUAAUGAAUGUGUUCAGUUAUCCGUCAACUUUUAUGGUCCAGAAGCCCAUAAACUUCAGGUUGAGUUCAGUAAUCUAAUCAAUUUGGGAACUGUUAAGCGACAAACACGAACCGGCAUUCAAUCCGUGUCAACCUUUUACAAGCCGUGCAAAACUUACCUGAGUGGUCGACACGGCUUUCUAUCGGUUGGCAGUGAACGCACUCUCAUAUCAGACCCAAAUUUGCCGCUCUCUGGCAACUAUUCAGUUAUGGGCCGAUCGCUCAUUAUAUUCAAAACCAAUGGAGAUGUCAUACCUUUGGGUUGCGCUAACAUUAAGCCUGACGUACAUCUCGUGAGUAAUGUUGCCGUUAGAAAAAACCCGGCCUUCACUGUCGCCAAAUUCAUGUCUCAUAUGAGAGCUCUUCUCAACACAACUGAUUGGUUAGUUGUACCUGAUAUUCACUACACCAAAGACAUUGCCAAUAAUGAAUGUGUUCAGUUAUCCGUCAACUUUUAUGGUGCAGAAGCCCAUAAACUUCAGGUUGAGUUCAGUAAUCUAAUCAAUUUGGGAACUGUUAAGCGACAAACACGAACCGGCAUUCAAUCCGUGUCAACCUUUUACAAGCCGUGCAAAACUUGUAAGAUUUUACCAUUUCUAUGA